GAAAAGUGUCGGAUGGAGAGCGAGCGAGACAGGAACACUGCUCGUCUUCUUUCAUUAUAUUUUUUUUACUUCUUCUUUUCGGAAAUAAGAUGUUCACCAAGCCGUUCAAGAUUAAGUCGCAGACCCAGCUUAAGGGUUCUGACAGGAAAAAGUUAAGAACGGAGCUGAGCAAGAUGUAUCCCAGUCUCACAGCAGAGGAUGUCAACAAACUGGUCCCAAGUAAAGAGGAUGUCACUCUCAUCAAGAUGUAUUGCCAUAGAGGGGAAUCAGUCAAUGUGUACCAGGUACAAAAAGAUCCAAUGUUUUUUAUGAUUGAAAGAGAAAAGGAGAUAUACCCUACGGUGUACAUGUUGUGGAAGUACCCCGACCUCUUGCGCACGUUUACCACGCAAGACCCUGUCAUUGAUGUCUUGGUUGGGGGAGCAGACCUUAUGUUACCUGGCAUUGUUGUGAAAGGACAGGUGGGCCCCACGUCAUAUGGGAAAUUUGAGAAGGGACUUCCAGCUGCUGUGAAUACCUUAGAGAACAAAGCACCCCAAGCAGUUGGCAUCACAGCCCAAAGCUCAAUGGAUAUGUACAUGUCAGCUAGACGUGGAAAGGGCAUCACUAUCCUGCAAGUUUACCGCGAUCACUUGUGGGAGUUAGGCUCAAAGUCCCCUCCCCCUCCCAUGGGCCCUGCAUUCUCUGAACCAGUUCCUCAGUCUGCAGAAAACUUAGGCUCUAAGGGAGAAGAAGCAGACGUGUCAGACCCUGCAAAUGAGUCAGGGACAAACUCCCCCUCGGAAUUAGCGGAUGGUGUUGAGGAGAUCAAGCUGACAGAUGGACAGUCCCCUGACAGUGACCCUGGAGUGGAUGUGGGCUUGCAACAGGAGGAAGAGGUUGCACAAGUUAGUGGACCGGAAGCUAUGGACAAGCUCCUCGUCCACUGUUUCCUGAAGGCAUGGAAAACCUCAGCCAAGAAAGUGGAAGUGCCAAUCUUAACAAGCAAUUUCUAUCGUCUGCAUAUGGUGCCUGCCUGUCCAGAUGGUGCCUCACUUGAUAUUAAGAAGUCUUCAUAUAAAAAGUUAACUAAGUUCUUGAAUGAAAUGGCAAAACAGGAGAUAAUACAAGUGAAAGAAUUCCCGAAGGGUGUGGAAAAUAUUACAGCUGUGAACUGGGCUCAUGAUGACCUCAAAUCCUUUGUUGUAGAUAUGGAGGAAACUACUGUCAAGCAAGUGACCAACAGUGGUGCUCGUACUUUCACCCCCCCCCAGAUUGAGGAGGUCUAUCAAGUCUCUGGGGAUACAUUGCAGUUCUAUAAAGCUAAUGGUCUUUGUAAAGGUGAUGUCUUGGUAACAAGUGAAGUCAGACAAGUAGUUACCAGUUAUAUAAAGAAGAAAGGUCUCCAGAAGGAAGGCGACAGGAUGGUUAACCUAGACCCAGUGCUCCACGAAGCUGUUGUAAACCGGAAGGAAGGUUACAAGGAGCAGUUGCGUUGGGACGAGAUCUUUUCCCGCAUGCUUGGCAAAAUGGCACCGGCAAUAAGAAUCACUAGACCAGGAUUCAAUCCAGUUAUCAGAAAGGGCAAGCUGGAACCAAUAGAAAUCAAUGUUGCCAAGAGAAGUGGAAAUAAGAAGGUUACCUUGAUAUACAAUGCAAACAUUUAUGGCAUCGACGAAGCAGAGUUCGCUCACCAGAUCCAAGUGGGCGUUGCAGCCAGCACCAGCGUUGGACCAGCCGAGCACAAACCCCAAGGAACAACACAAGUACUUGUACAAGGAAACCAAGUUGCCUUUGUCUCCAAGUUGUUGUUAGAAACGUAUCAUAUACCAAGAAAAUACAUUAGAGGCAUGGAAUUGGCAGCUAAAGGAAAGAAAAAAUGAAGAGAAGCUCUCACCUGUAAAGACAAACCACUCGCUGUGAUUGUAUUCUGCAUGUUGUGUUUUGAAGUAUAAACAAGAAUUCCCGCACUGAUGGCUCUCGGAAAACAUAAUGCAGCUCAUCUUUUUUUAUGUGACUGAAACCUUUACAGUCUACAAUUAUUAAUUAAAUUAAAUAUUCCUUGACAAAUUUUUUUUUCUUCAUCUUUCUUUUUCUUUUAAAUUUAUUUUUAUGAAUUUCUGUCUUUAAUAUAUGUAUAUUUUUUUAACCUAUUUUUUAGUCCUAUCAUUCAGAUGGCCGUAUUGUGUAAAUUUUCCACUUAAUCCGUUUUGUAUCAGAGGACCAGAUGUGAAAGAUAUAAUGAAUUUGCAAGACAAAAAGAGUUUGAAUUUAUUUGGAAGCCUUUAAUAUCAUGUAUAAAUUACAUAGAUUAACCAAACUGAAUAAUUCCAUUAUCUUGACUGUUUGAAAUGUUUUUCUCAUUAUACAUGGGCAGUUAAUCUUGAGAAUAUGCAGUAUUGUAAAUUAAAUGGACACCCUUUAUAUACCUCUGCUUAGGUGAAAAAAAAUAAAAAGAUGUUUGGUAUCCUUUAAAAUGAGACAAGAAACAUAUGCACUGUAAUUUGGUAUAUAUAGAUAUUUAAAUCUAAAUCUGUUACAAAGGACAUAAUAAAGAUGACAUGGGAAGUGA